AUGAAAACAUACUUUCCACUAUUCUCGCCUUUCGCCCUCCUGGCUUGCCUUCGGCUCCAGACGGUCGCCUCGUUCGAUGAUUUUUAUUUUCCAGACCACGAAGAAGAGUGGCGGAUGAUGUCACAGAAUGGAACGCGACGUGUCUUUAACUUUGGUAUCGGCAGCUUGUCGAGCUGGGCCUCUAGACAAACAACCGCAACUACAAGUCCUUUCGAUUCUCCUCCGUCAAUAGCCCCUGCGUUUCCUGGUGCAGUUGGCGGCCUUGUCAGAGAAUUUGGAAUCGAAGCUUAUGGAGCGUGUUUUAACUGGGCUCCUGCCACUGUCAGACCAUGUUUCCCAGACUUUGAAGACUGCAGCGCACCAGUCACUGGGUUCUUCUUUGAGAUUUUCGAGGAAGAGUGGAAAUCUCUUCGCGAUAGGGAAGACAUAUAUGACCUUCUCGAGGUCUCACCUAACUCACCACGCCCAGAAGGGCUUGAUCCUGAUGGCUACUACUUCACCUGGGCCUCAAGAACAUACGAUCCGCGUGAGCCUGCCUGUGCCAAUUCUCCUGACACCUUAGUUUCUCAAGCCUAUUGGGACUCCAUAAUCGCCGGCAUCAUGGCUUGGGACGGACAGCUCCUGAACAGCGGGCGCUACACUUGGGAUUUGAUGGCGGAGCUUGAAGAAACUCCAGGCUUUGCAUCCAAGGUACAUCAAUCACCAAGUCUAUCCUUGGAAGAGCGCCGAAAUUUGGCAGUGGAGUUGGUGAAAUCUACCAAGCAAUCUGUGUUGCAAUGGGUUGACGAUCGCAGAUGCCCGCUCAACGGUAAUACUAUCAUUACUCCAAUUUCCGAAUUGUCCACUGAAGUACUUGAGGAGGAACCUAUCGAAGCGGCUGCCAUUGGCACAGUCUCCCCUCCCUUCUCUGAUGCCUUUCAUGCUUUCAUUGACGAAAUCUUGAUUGAAGGAGGGUGGGAAUUCGGUGCCCUCAAUAGCAUCCAUAACCGGAUGGAUGCAUGUACCUUUGUUGACCCGAACGGACGGGGAGAUUGGACUACUAAUCUUUACUACGAUGACUUUGUUGGUUUCUGGACUGUACCCACCGGCCUAGAGGAAUCUGAAGUCACCGAGGAGAGUGUUAGCCCCAAUCUGCCCUGA